CCAUGUUGAUAGUGUGCAGUCUUCCUGAAUAUGGAAAUGUAAAACAAGGCACCUUUUCUUUUCUCUUAUAGCGGAAAACUUGUCCGAAUUACCAUUUUGGCGUGUGUGCUCUCGUCGGGGCAUGUCCCCCAGGGCUCCACAUCCCGAACAGAUCUUAGUGCGGUGGGGAAAACAAUCCCCAUCGAGCUCGCUUUGGUGACGGGACGGAUUAGCUGCGGGCUCAGUAUGAAGCUUUGUGCUCUUCAGUGCAAGCAGGCAGUGCGUUCUCGAUGGCCGAUCUGCUCUCUCCUUUGCGCCCGAAGAAGUCGUUACCUGGGUUGGCAGGAACAAAGUCGAGCCUGGUGCGACUUCACUUUCACCGCUCUAGCUGUGGGUGGUCGAAUGCGCGUGCGGUGCAUGUCGCAGCUUGGGCCACCCGCUCUCCGCAGCGGCCUCCACCUCGGACGGCCGACGGCGCAGCUUAAUCCAACCUCACACCAUCUCACCACGCUCGCUUUCAUCGCCGCGCGCACCACACCGCGUCCGAUGCAUCCAGUCUCGACGUGAUUCCAGCUCGAAAUCACCCGGCGACACCGGUUCACGCAUAAAUCCGCGCCGGAGCGUGUCCGCACGCACCUUCCGGCCUGCGC